CUACAUGUCCGGUCUGUGCGAUCCUAGGAUCCUUCAUUCCUCCAGACUCCGACGGUGAACUUCAAUCCAUCAUGCGUUUCUGUCCCGAUUGCUCGCUUUCAUACCGCGGAGAGCUGCUGAGUUGUCAACGGCCUGUUGACUUGUUGCUCAAGAGAUACGGAAAUCACCAACCCCAGCAAUCUUCGCUUCAGGAGAGACACCAUGCGUACGAUCAAAUCCUGGGUAUCCCAUUGCGACAAAAAGCACGCACAAUGUCAGAUCAACGCGGUGGGAAGGUCCCUCGAGAAUUCUCCACCGUACCUUCCAUCCCGAGUCAUCGACGUGGGUCUGAAUGAUAGUCUAGACUCACCAUAUCUCAUGAUACCAGGCCAAAACCAGCGCGGUUUCUACACCAUCCUAAGCCACUGUUGGGGCGAGGUGCGCCAAUUAUGCACUUCUGAUCACAACAUGUCUCAGCACCGUCAACAGCUUCCAUGGGACUUGUUAUGCAAAACCUAUCAAGACGCAAUCACAGUAACGAAAUCUCUGAACAUUCGGUAUCUCUGGAUUGAUUCUCUUUGCAUAGUGCAGGACAGCAGUGAAGACUGGAAGUACGAGAGUGCCCGCAUGGCUCAAUACUACGGCGACGCAUACUGUACAAUAGCUGCAGAUGCCGCUGUCGAUGGUAGUAAAGGCCUGUUCGUGCAAGAGCACGAGUUCCUCCGGGCCAGGCUACCUGUCCAGACGUUCAUGUGCCAUCACGAUCACACGACCAUGUUGACAAACAAGCAAAGGCCAAGUAUCGUUCUAGCAAGGAAUCCCAUGCACAGAAGAGCGUGGUGCGUUCAAGAACGCUUACUAUCCCGACGAACGCUACAAUUCUCGACUGACCAGGUGUACUUUGAAUGCAAACGCUGUUUGAAGGCAGAAGAUGGCCGGUAUUACGGACGAGGGUCGAUGUCGCACAGCUUCUACGAAGUUGUUGACUUGAAAUAACUUGGAGAUAUGGAACCAUCAGAUGUUCACAGCUGGGAUUUAGGUGCGUCGCAGCGAUACUACAAGGUCGUCGCUUGGUACUCCAGUUGCCUACUCACUUACCCGAAAGAUAAGCUUCAAGCUUUGGCGGGCCUGCAACAGUCUUACUCUCUGAUAUAUGGAGCACAGUUCCGGUCUGCUCUCUGGUUCCAUCCAAGUACAUCUGUACAAACUAUUGAGACGCUGUGGUGGGAGCCUUCCCGACACUGUCUGACAGAAAGAGUGCUGAA